AUGGCUGACAUCAUGCUGAAGGCGUUUUUAGAGGAAACGCUAGGUCCAAAGGCAGGGGAUACAGAGAGAUUACUAGAGGAGAAUGAUGUUGACCUAGAGGUUCUACGCACAAUGUCAGAGGGGGAUCUUGAGAAACUCGGAAUAUCGUUUGGGUUGAGACGAAAAUUGACUCUGGCAAUUAGUAAGUCACAAAAACAACUGGAGAGUACCACUGAUGGAGUCGUUAUGCAUGAUGUUCCAGCAACUUCUGAUAGCCCAGUUCCCAAAAAAUUGAAAAGUGUAAUGAAUCUCAAAGAAGCAAUGAAUAAUUCAUCUGAAGGACGAGAGCUAGUGAAGCAUCUUGAUGGUGGUUCUACAUUGUCUACCAAGCAAAGGAAGGCACUAGUGAAGAUGGCUGUUGGACAUCUUGUGGACCUACAUGGCUUGUGGCCACCAACUAAACAGAAGACCUUGUUGGCUAAAGAGAUAGUUAGUACAUGGCCUUCAACCAAAGAUACCACACCUGGAAUGGAAGGGCAUAUUGAUUGGAUGAAGUUUUCACCACCUCAUCGUGGAAAUAUGUCUAUGCACAUGGAGUAUUUCGAGGACACGCACAAGUACAGACGGCACAUCAUUAUGGAUAGUGGUAAUCCUAUCACUAUUACAGAAGUGUUGACUUUGUUUCCGAGAUAUCAAGACAUUCCACAGUUGAUUGGAAUAGAUUUCUCCAUGAUGCACAAAGCUGAAUCGGAAAAGUUCAUUACCCAAUGGUCAACCUUGAGAGAGAAAAUCAUACUCCUGGGCCAGAAAGAAUAUCAUAGCGUCAAGCAAGUGAUAGAGCGUUACCAGGAUACGGACAGAGAUCUUUGUGCACUUCUGGUUGUUCUCUAUGUGCUCCAUCGGCCUGUGACAAAAUCGAAGGUCAACUGUAGCAGGUCUGCUGCAGUGCAGUACCUGAUACAGCAUGUGCCACAAGGAACAAACAUGGAGGAAGCUAUAAACAAGAUCAAGAAGGAAUACAGGCAGCCCCUCAUAGUAGCCCUCGGAAAGGAGACUGGACAGAAGCAGUACUUCUUGUGCCUGGACAGCAUUCCUGUGAGCGCCGGGGCAACAAUAGUGGAAGCUUUUGACAAGUUAUUCAAAUGUUUUUUCAUCUUUGGCGUUACCUAUCCUGACAUUCUCUCCCAUUUCUACGAUUAUUUUGCGGCGUUUGUCUACGAAAUUUGGCCAACGCAGAGGGUUAAGCCUACUGUGCGUUCAUUUGCAUGUGCCAUUAAGUCCUCUUAAUUUACUCUUAGUCCAAGAGCAUUAAGUCAAAAUAGGCCCAAACCUGGACAUUUCUCAUAACAAACUGAUUUUCCUGAUGAUUUUCAGGAUAGGUCUAGGAAUAUGUGUAUAAAAAAGUCUUGACAAAACUCUAUCUAUAGCGAUCCUUAAGUAUUUACUUGUGUUGUUGUGUAUCAUAAUACAUUAUUAAGUAUAUAGUGAAAAGUGAGUAUAAUUGACAUAAAAUGGACAAUAUUCCUUGAAGUUUGGUCUCAUCCAUGCUAUAUGGCUAUCAUAUUCCUAUAUAAUCAUCAAUCCUGGAUUUAGUCGGUAAUAUAGGAGUAAAAUACCUUGACUUGCCCCAUAACAAUGUGAAUUUUUCCAAUAUUUUUAAAGCUACAAUCUCAACAUCAUUCAUGUGUGAUUAGACUUGUCAAAUGGGACUGAACAUACUUAUCAUUCUCAACCAUGCUUUUUCAAUUUUUCUCGGCAUAUUAUGUGUUGUGCAAUCGUUUUGGGAAUACAAUUCUAAGAAUUAAUAAUGCGU